AUGCAGCACCACCCGUCGUCGAAGUUCCUUUCGCGAAGGCGUAAUGCUGCAGCAGAUGACCCUGGCCCGGACAAGGACAUGGUACCUGACGAAUUUCUUGAUGAUCUUCCACAGAGCUCCAAUACACAACAGCCGAAUACACAACAGCCCAAUACGCAACAGCAACAUGUAGUAGUACAGCCACACUUCCCCGAACUCUUCAACUUCUUAGCCGCACUGAAGUCAUUGGCAGAGGAGAGCGAGAGCUUCAAACGCGUUGUGGGGAUCGGGCGAACUGGUAUCCGUCGUUGGCAAGCAGUUAGGGGCAAGCAAGAUCUCCUUGCUACAUACUCAGUCGAAGCAAAACAGAGCAACUCAAUGAAUCAUGCGAUAGGACAGCGAGGGGAUGAAAGCAAGCAGACAGAACUACUGAAUGGAUUCUUCUUUCGCAACGACUUGCGAAGUGGGUUACCUAUGGAUCAUGCCUAUUUGAAUCUCGCCGAACGAGGUGUAUGGGAUGCGUGUGCUGCUCUCGCAAUAUUAAGACAAGCUGAUGGUGUAUCUCAUCUUGAUAAAGCUGAGCUCAAGGAUGCCAGGGAUCGUGUGGUUACCCUGGAGCUGCCAAAGUCCGCGACCAAAGUUGCUCGUUGUAGGCAUGCACAAACAGUGCGGGUCAAGAGUUGGCACCAUGCAACUCGUUACCACAAGACGUAGAAGUGCUAUGAUAACCUUACCGGCACAAAUGAGCAUCUAGAGUUAGAACUUGAGAGGGUUGCAC